GCAUGCACAAACCGCGUCGGCCGGCAGAUGAAGCAUGCCGACAGACAGCGAGACAAAGCCGGGUGACCCGGGCCAGCGUGACGGGCACCGGCAACCGUUCCUGAUCGGUGUGGCCGGGGGCACGGCCAGCGGCAAGUCAUCGGUGUGCAACAAAAUUAUGGAGCUGCUGGGCCAGAACGAGAUCGACCACCACCAGCGCCAAGUGGCCAUCCUCAGUCAGGACAGCUUCUACAAGGUCCUGACCCCAGAGCACAAGGCCAAGGCACUCAAGGGCCAGUUCAACUUUGACCACCCAGAUGCGUUUGAUAAUGACCUUAUAAUUGAGACCCUGUGGGACAUCAAGGAAGGAAAAACUGUCCACAUUCCUGUUUAUGACUUUGUCUCCCAUUCCAGGAAGGAAGAGACGGUCACGGUGUACCCUGCCGAUGUGGUGCUGUUUGAAGGCAUCUUGAUGUUCUACUCUCAGGAGAUUCGAGACCUUUUCCAAAUGAAACUGUUUGUGGACACGGAUGCAGACACACGUCUGUCGCGCAGAGUGCUGAGGGACAUUAGUGAACGCGGCAGGGACCUGGAGAGCAUUCUAGCCCAGUACAUGAACUUUGUGAAGCCUGCUUUUGAGGAGUUCUGCCUGCCAACCAAGAAGUACGCUGAUGUGAUAAUUCCUAGAGGAGUUGAUAACACCGUUGCCAUUAACCUGAUUGUCCAGCACAUCCAGGACAUCCUGAAUGGCGGCCUGACCAAACGUCCCAACGGGUGGAUCAAUGGAUACGGGUUCAUGAAGCAGCAGCAGCAGCAGCAGCAGCAGCCCGGCGUGGAGUCCAGCAGCCGGCCCCACUGACCUGAAAUCAAGUCAGCCUCUAAGUGCUCUUCUUCUUCUUCGUCAGUGCUGAGGAUCACCAGUUAGAAACUGUAAACGUCUUCCAGCGGUCUGAUUCUCCUCUGACUAAAGACAUUUGUAAAUAUAGAGAAUUUGAUUCAAGCUUUUUUUUCUGAUUCCAGUUUCCUCGUUUAGGUUUGAACUUCAUGAUCCAAUUUCAGUUUGAUUCAGGGCCAGAGCUGCUUUACAACAAAAAUGGACUUGAAUGUGUUGUAAAAUCAGAAAUGGUGUUCUGCUCAACCAGUCUGCCUAUUCUUCUGAUAUUAGCAACACAUUUUCACCCAAACAUUGUCCUCUGAACAUUUUCUUCUUUCAUAUUGGUUCUCGGAUGUUUGGAGCAAACGCUUGUUUUUUUUUGUCUCUUAUUGUCUUUCUUCACUUGAAGUCUUCUGGGUAACAAAUAUGUCCAUAUAUGCAAGUUAAAGUUGAAAUAAGUUGGUUUUAUUGUUGCAUUUGUUUUGCUUUAUCUGUUAAAAUGAAUUUUGAGACUGGUUAAGAAACCAGUUUCCCCCUAAGGUCCUCUGAUUUAACUGGGACCAUUGUGUCUGAAACACAGAUGGUUUUUGUCUUUACUUUAUGAACCAGCUGCAGAUGUUUAGUUCAAAAUGAUCUGGACUCAUUCACAAACAAUCGGAGCAAUUCAAUUGCUUCCAUAUUCUGAUGCAGACUUUCUUUUAUUAAAAGGUACAGUCAUUAAGUUUAAUAUGUCUGAUGUGGAAAGUUGCUGUAAAUUUUCUAAUACAUUUUUGUACAGAACAUUUUCUAAUCUUCUCAGGUACUCUGCUGUUGUUUCUCUUCAGGUUAGUUUUGUUUUACUGUUGAACUGAGUAAAAUGUCACCUGUUAUUGAAGCUCUCACUUUUUCACAAACAUUACAGUUGAACUCACUUGGGCUAAGUUGCAGUAAUCUGUCAUAUUAAGUUAUUUUCGUUAUUGAGAAUGCUUUAAACGCUGCUUGAAAAACUAUGAAGCGCACAGAAAAAUGGGUUGACUCCAAGUCUCUUUCUUUUUUAUAAUUCUUGUUUGAAUAGCUAAAGGAAAUGUUGCAUGCUUUAUGGGGUAACUAUUCCUGACAGAAAUAGAUUUCUGGCUUCUUUGUGGUCUGAAUUGGGAGUCUGAUUUAGACCAACACUUCCUCUCCAUUAUUUUUCCUCUAACUUUUUGCAUAAAAGUGAAAUACAUGCUGCGAGUUCUUUGAGUAUGUUGGCAUUACAGGAUUGUUUCUCUUUAUCAAAACAAGUCAAACUAUCAAAUUUCAGUUCAUUUUUAAUUUUUUAUUGAACUAAAACUGGUGAAAAAUGAGUUUUUUCUGAUUUUCAACAUUUUACUGGGGCCAGGUUAAGAAAAAACCAUAUUAUGAGAAAAAACGUUCUGACAGUUGUCUUAAGAAUAAACUGUUAUGAGAAGUUAUAAAAUGACCAGAAUAAUGUCAUAAUAUUAGAAAAGCUAAGUAUUCAUUUUUAAAAACAAUUAAGAUGAGGAAUGUUCAGUUUAUUUUGCAAAUAAGGAAAUGAUUUCAUCUUUUAACACAUCAGCAUCAAAUGAUGGACUUUGAAACAAUAGUGCAAAUAACAGCGUUGCCAAGCUGGUCACAUAAGAUCUUGAUGACUAUUGAUUUUUUUUCUCAAUAAAAUAACUUUUUCUCACAAUAUUACAA